AUGACCCUCCCCGUCGCCGGAGAGUCGCCGCCAAAGACCGAAAACGAGAAUCAAGGAUCCGAAGUGCCGACGAAGAUCAACCGGAAAUCUCUGAGGAAGCGCCGUCGGUUGGAGGACCGCGAAGCUCGGCGGAGAGAGAAGAAAAUUAGAGGGACAUUGUUGGCUGCCAGUUUUCCGAGCUAUUGCCUGAGGCAAGGCAUCGGGGAUUUGCAGUGCGUUGGCGAAAAACACCGUUCUCAGCACCGGAAGAGGCUGUGGCGGCUCCUUAACAAGCUCCUCCUGCGGCACAAUUGGGCGGAGGCGGGCGGCGUGUUGAGUGUCUUGCUCCAGGCUACUGCUGCUGACAGAUCCCCCUCCGUAAACCGAGCAAAAUAUUCGGCUGCAUUGGAGCUGCUUGUUAAAAUAAAAGACAAAACUGUGAGCUCGAGGAGAAUACAAAGUGUCUAUGAGCUAUGGAUGAAAAAGCUUGGAUCAUUGCAUUUUAACUGGUCAACAAUUAUCUCCCAAGAGAAGUUUGCCGUGGGAUGCGAAUUCACUCUUAAUUGCUUACAACAUGGGAAUAUAGAGGAUGCAUAUCAAACUGCUCUUUGUGCCAUGCAGGAGAAAUGUUUUGAUGGUCACCCUCUUGCAAAUUUGGUGGUUGGCUUGACAUUUUAUGAGUUGUGGUAUUCUGAUGUUCCUAAGGAGUUACAGAUGACAAAGCUGGACAUAUCUGGCACGUAUGUUUCCCCAGAAGUUCCUGGUGAUGGCAUUGGCAUGCGAAUGGAUUUUAGCAGGGGUAAUGAUGCUCUAGAAGCAGAAGAAUCCAAUUCUGGCUCACAGUGUGAUUUGAACACCUCAGUGGCCUUUAAUAAAGUAGUUGAAAACAGUGAGAGCCAGCAGAUAAGACCGAUGGACGUUGAUGAUAAUGUGAAGAAGGAAACUUCUUAUGCCAGUUCUCAAUCAUGUAAGUCGGGCAUGGAGUCAGCCAAAGCAGGAGGAGAUAGUGAGCAUUCCUUAUCUAACUAUAGCGGUGACCUUCCCAGUGUCUCUAUCUUCUACACCAGAGAUCUUCCGUCCUGGCUGUUGCCUAUCAAACUGCAGAGUUCUCAUGAAAACUUGGAGGAUGCCUUUUACACUCACAGAAAAUUGCAUAACAACCACUACAAGAGUGCAUUGAAGCAUUUACACAUUGCUCUUAACUCAACACCACCAGUUGUUGAGGCGCUCCAUCCACUGAUACAGAUGCUACUCCUUGGAGAUCAGGUCCAGGAGGCCAUUGAUGAACUUGAAACUUUAUCUCGUAGCUUGGACUCGUUAAUCCUACUCAGACUGAAAGCAAGUAUCUUGGAGCAUUUUGAUAGUGCCAAUUUUGUUAAAAUUUAUACUUGCUAUGAAGACAUCUUGAAGAAGGACCCAGCAUGCAGUGACUCCUUGGCAAAACUUAUAUUAAUGCAUCGCGGAGGAGAUUAUGACACUCAGAGUUUGGUGGAGAUGAUAGCCUUGCACUUGGAGGCCACAUACGGAUCAUGCGAUACGUGGCGCGAAUUAGCAUCUUGCUUUCUGAGACUCUCUCAAUGUCAAGAAGACAGGAUUUCCAGCUGUGGUGUUAGCAGUGAUGGGCACGAUCAAGGACGUCUAGGACAUUCUAACAGCAAUCCAGAGUUAUUCACUCGCGGGGAAUCUGGAAAAACCUGGAGAUUUCGUGCCAAGUGGUGGUUAAGCCGCCACUUUAACGAUAGAAUCCUGAUAUCAGAUAUUUCAUCAGGUGAUUUGAAGCUUUUGACAUUCAAAGCAGCCGUGGCUUCACAUAUUUAUGGACGACGUUUUAGAUAUGUUGUGAAGCAAGGAAUAUUUGAUAAUGUGUUUUGCAGUUGCUUCAAAAAUCCUUCCUACCACAGCACCAGUGAACUACCACUUCCCUGGUCACUUGCUCAAAUACAAAUCGUCCGGUAA